AUGCAUGCUAAUAUCCACCGUCUUGGCGAAACCCACUGGCAACUUUUCAACGAAUGCAGUCAAGGAAUGCUUCAAUCGUUUCUAGGCUCUUUGAACACACGAGGAUAUCCGGAUAGGCAUUGUCUAACCGAUUGGAAUGUUAUUGGUGAAUGGGAUGGGAAGUUUCGAUUACAACAUGCACAGUCGAAGAAGUUUAUAUGUUUCAAUAAGCGAGCAAGGAUCACGUUGAGAUUCAAUGGCACUGACGCAAAAUGCACAUUCAUUGAAGAAAUCCAUGACAAUGGUUUUUCAAGGUUACGAUCUGUUUGGAAACCGGAGCUGUUUUUAGGUUUCAACGGUCGUGGUCGAUUUCAAAAUCCUCUCUCUUAUCACUUGAAGCCUCGAUGUUUCGACUGGAUCAAACUUGUUCGCUAUGUUCCAGAAUCUGAAAAGAAUGUGUGCUCCAUUCCUCCAAAACCAACAACUCCGCCCAUCGAUUAUUCUUCUUUCAUUCACAAAGCCGCCCGUUCAAACUUCUUGAAAAAAGUGUCUGCCACACAUGAUAGUUUAUACCGCUCUUCAUCAAAGACCCAUCAUAUAACGUGA